CGUCAAUUUUGAUAUCCAAUUUCAAUAUUUGUCACGUUUCGAACCACUGUAGAUUAACACGAAGAUCAUUAUUAUAAAACACUUACACAAUGAAGCAAUACAAAUUAAUCUGUGGAUGUUUCUUAAUUUGUGCCUUAUGUUAUGGAUUGAAAUGUGAAGUUUGUAAAAGAGAUGGUAUUUUUUCUUACCACUGUGAGGGUUUGUGCAAUGGUUCAGUUACGAUAUUCUGUGAUGAGUGUUGUAAAUUAAAUGGUACUUGGCGCUGUGUAGUAAGCACCAGAUAUCAUCAAUGCGAGACUUCUUCCAGAACCACUACGACACGUGCCUACAACAGGUCGAUUUCAGAAAAGAAUAAAGCCAGUGGAACAUUAUCAACUGGAGCAGCAAUUGCACUAGGAGCAGGAGCAGUUGUUAUUGUUAUAUUUGUAAUACUGUAUGUAUUGAAAAGACGUUUGCGUCUGACUUUACCUAAUAAUAACACAAGAACUAACAACGGCGUUGGUCACAAUUUACAACAACCGACUGGAAAUCCAAUUGUGUUCAUUAGCGGAUCGGAUGGGAAGAGUGUCGUUAUAGCUUCUACAAAUCUGUCUUAUGCUCAACAAUCUUCGCAUAACUUGCCACCUUCCUACUCAUGUGCAAAUGUCCAACAGCCGAUGCAUACUGUAUCGCAGUAAAGGACUACAUACAUUAACAUUCUGGAUACUAUUUACACAUAUUGAUGAGUUCCUGCAAACUAGUGAUUGCUCGCUUGACAAGAAUUUGAAUAUUAUUAUCAAAAGAAGUACUGACAUACUCGUAUUAUUGUGCAAUUAUAAAGUAAAAUGUAACGACAGAGGUUUAAUCAGUAGUACUCAUUUUAAACCAACAACCUUGUUAUCUAUUCCUAUUAAUUAAACCUUUUCAUCAGGUAAACACACAUGCUUUAUCAUUGUACUGAUUUUUUUAACAAUCCCAUAUUGUUUAUUUUGUUUUGUUUUGUUUUUGUUUUCUUUCCAUUUCUUAGUGUUUUUCAUGUGUUACAUUGUAUGUGGUCGUUGCAAGUCAUACCACGAAUCUCUAUUUUUUAUAAGUGCAACAUUCCUUACUAAAUUGUCUUUAUUAACUGCACAUAACAUACGUAUUUAUUAAUUAACAUGAAUAAUGCAUAUCCAUACUGCUGUUGUUCGUUGAAGUUUUAAAAGAAGUAUGAGGUCGACAAAAUUUUCAAAUACUAGCAUGUUUGUGUUGACGCGAUAAACACAAAUACAGAUAUGUAUGACAAGCAUUUUUUUCAUGCUUUGAAAUUUUAAUAAAUGAACAAAUAAACAAAUAAA